AAAAGCUAAAACCACUUGCCAAAUUGUGGAGACAAGAGCCAACAAAAUCCAAAAAAAAACCGAAAAAAGCAGCGAAAAAAACGUGGGGAAAACAAAUGCCGGCCAUUGUAAUUAGAGACAAUGGAAAUGAUCCCUGGUGACUGUGACUGCAGUGGCGACCCUUUUGGGCCCUUUUCCUUUCCUUGCCAAACGAAAAUUAAUUCAAACGCUCAAGAAGAAACACAAAUAAUUAAAAUUAAUUAUGUGGAAAAUAUUCAAUAAGUUGGAAAUUAUGCAAACGAGCGCAAAGUAAACGCCCCAAGAUAAGACUAAGUGCAAUUUCUUUUUUGGGUGACCAAAAAUAGACUACCACACUUAGCACUGAUGGACACCAAAAACGAUUGGUCGAAUGAGCAAUGAGACAAUUGGACGAUUUGACAAUUGGACAAUUGGAUAGAUUGAAAAUGCCAGGCAAUUGUCAUGCGCUCAAUAAACGAAAUAUUUUCGAAGAGAGAAAACAAACAAAAAGAACAAGAACAACAGGUAAACACACUAAACUAUCUACUGUGAGCAAUUUUUGUUCGGCUAUUCUGUAUUCUGGUUCUUCGGGACAAAAUCUGGCAACAAUUUCCGGCAUUUCGUAUAUAAACUGAACAUUUUACCCUGGCCAACGUUCAGUUUUUUCGCUUCGCUUCGCCAGCAACUCAGUGUACUCGGUUCGUUGGACCACAGUGUUGUUUCUUCCGUCAAAGUAGCACAGAUUACUUAAAAAUACCAAUAAGAACAACAACAACAAAAGCAGCAGCAAUAGCUAGAAAUAUACAUACAUACAUACAUAUAUAUGUGCAAAUACUUAAAGAUUUAAAAACCCAGAGCAACUUUGAAAUAGCCAAAAAGGCCUAAAUACAUUGUGUGUGCAAGAGUUCUGCUUCAUUUUGCGUCCAUUCGCUGCCGCGUGAAAAACAUGAAAUUGAAAAUCAAUUUGACGUUCCUCAGCGCGGCAUUUGUCUGUCUGCUGUCCAUCAUUCUAUUGACACAGACGACGGAAACUCUGGCAUACGGCAAUGGCAACGGGGCCACUGAGGGAACCUGCAAAGAGCUGAACAAUGUCAAUUGUUAUGUGGGCCGGAAUGAGGGCAACUACUGCAACAGCAAAGAUCAGACCAAGGCCGUGACUCGAUGGUAUCACGACAAGGGAGUAUGCAAACCCUUCACCUACAAGGGUUGCAAUGGAAAUCGCAAUCGCUUUUGCACACAGGAGGCUUGUGACCUACGCUGCAACGAGGAUUGAGAUGGAGAUGGAGUUCAUGUAUACUAAAAUAUGUAGAGAGAGGACCGGACCUACUAGCUGAUAAGUUUAUAUGUUUAGGCUAAGUAAAUACAAACAGCCGAGUGCUUAAGUGUUUUACCUUUGAUCAA